CCGGUAUCCGGGAAGGAUGGCGACUUCAGACUACGGGGCCCUCCUCCUGCUGUUGGUGGUGGUCGCUAUAGCUGUUACCCACACUGGCGCCGGCUUCCACUCUCUGCGCUAUUUCCACACCGCCCUGUCACGGCCGGGCCCUGGGCAGCCCCAGUACAUUUCUGUCGGCUACGUGGACGACAAGCAGUUCCAGCGGUGCGAUAGCAAUGAAGAGAUCCCGAGAAUGGAGCCACGUGCGCCGUGGAUGGAGCGGGAAGGACCAGAGUAUUGGGAAGAUCUGAAACACAAAGUGAAGAACAUUGCACAAGAGGCCAGAGCGACCGUACGGACGCUGCUCCGCUACUACAACCAGAGUGAAGAUGGUUCUCACAUCUUUCAGUGGAUGGUUGGCUGCGAUGUGGGGUCGGACAUGCGCCUCCUUGGCGCAUACUAUCAGUGUGCCUAUGAUGGCCGGGAUUACAUCACCCUGAACGAGGACCUGAGCUCCUGGACCGCUGGGGACAUGGUGGCUCAGAUCUCAAAGCACAAGUUGGAGUCUGAUGGUGCCGCAGAGUACUUCAGGGCCUAUGUGGAGGGGGAGUGUCUGGAGCUGCUCCACAGAUUCCUGCAGAAUGGGAAGGAAACUCUGCAGCGAGCAGACCCACCAAAGGCACAUGUGGCCUAUCACCCUGGAUCUGAAGGUGACAUCACCCUGAGGUGCUGGGCCCUAGGCUUCUACCCUGCUGAGAUCUCGCUGACCUGGCAGCGGGAUGGGGAAGACUGGACUCAGGAUAUGGAGCUUGUGGAGACAAGGCCUUCAGGAGAUGGGACCUUUCAGAAGUGGGCAGCUGUGGUGGUGCCUUCAGGAGAGGAGCAGAGAUACACAUGUCAUGUGCAACAUGAGGGCCUGACUGAGCCCCUCACCCUGAGAUGGGAGAGUUCUUCUCAAUCCUCUAUCCUCCUCCUCAUCAUCAUCAUCAUUGCUGGUCUGAUUCUCCUUGGAACUGUGGUCACUACUGCUGUGGUAUGCAAGAGGAGGGACUCAGGUGAAAGAAGCAUCCGUUAUACACAGACUGUCAGUAGGAACAGUGCCGAAGGCUCUGGUGCUUCUGUCACCAUUUAGAAAGCUCCUCACCAAGGUUAUUGCCCUGCUCUACACAGUGGUCACUCCCAUCCUAAACCCUGUCAUCUAUACCUUGAAGAACCAGAAGGUACAUCAGGCACUAAGAAGGCUUCUCUACUGCAAAGCAACUGAAAUGUGACCUAAGGAGGGUAAUGAAGAUUUUCUAUUGGACUUUCAGGGUCUUGCUUGAAAAGUCUCCCACAAUGAGAUGGUAAUGAGUAUUCCGUUCUUUCCCAGAAUUUCCCUUUAGGUCUUCUGAAUUAUGCCCAAAGGUAAGAUAAUAGUUCAACAAUUUUCAAAUGUUAAUUUAAAAGAUUAUAUAAACUACUGUGAGUUGGUUUUUGGAUACACCAUAAAUAGUACACUCAUUCAAUCAUUAGUGCAGAUAUGUACUAAAUUGUUACUCUGUAGCCUGUUACUAUAUGCAGUACUGCUACUAAUGAAUAGUGAAAGGAAAAUUACAGAAACAAAACACCAAUACAGAGACAAAUCUAAAGCAAUGCUCAUUUAUAUUAUUGUAGUAUGACAUUUGAUUGUGUGUAUUUGGGUUUGAGCAUGCAAACUUGAUGAUGGAAUUUGCAAUUUGCUUUCCCACAAAAUGUUACAUCAUAAGUAACUUUACACAUAUUUAUACAUACACACAUAAAACACCAAUAAUAAUAAAUUAUCUUAAAAGGAAUCCUGUAAUAUAUUCUCCAAUAUUGACCUAGGUUAUGGUCAGCCUCACCAGCUUCCUGGCCUCUUACUUGUGAUUUAACUUCUGUGAACUCUACAGCUCCCUUUAACAUGAUUUGUCAGUGGCAUCCAAUUCCAGGACAGUAAGGAUAUCAGGGAGCUGUUGUUGCUAGAGCACUGGUGAGAAAGUCUAACAAUUAUCAAAUGAUUGUACUGGUUGCAGUGGAUAUUCAUGCUUCAGGAAAACGAAUUAAGAAGACAACAAAUGGCGAACACAACAGUGUUAUUUCCAAUAGACCAUUGAAUUGUCUCUUUUCUUGUUGCUGUGACAAAAUACCUGGCUGAAGCGAUUUGGGAUAGAAAGUUUCAUUUUAUUCGUGGUUUGAAGAAUACGGUACAUCAGGAUGAGGAAGGCCUGGCAGCAGGAGGAUGGGGUGGCAGGUCACGUCUGUGGUCAACGAGCACAGACAGAGGAAAUAAAGCAGGUUUUUCCAUUUGCUCUUUAUACUAAGUCCAGGACCAUUCUAUGGAACAAGUGAUGCCACCCACAUUCAGGAUGAAUCUUCUCUCCUCAGUGAAAUCUCUCCAGAGAACCCUCACAGACAUGCCCAGAUAUGUAUGUUCUAGGUGAUUCCAAAACGAGUCAAAUUAACACUGAAGAUUAGCCAAAGAAAUCAUAUAAUUCCCCCAUGAGCCAUUGUGUUUGUGGCUGACUCAUUUUGCAUGUGUGGUAGUGUUGUGGGGUGUGAUCCUCCCUGAGUGAUGAUCCUUAGUCCUGAGACUUCUCCAUGUUCAGAAUCUUUCUCAAUGAACUCUUAACAUCCUUAUUCCUCAGACUAUAAAUGAAGGGGUUCAGAGUGGGAGUUACCAGGGUAUACAUGACAGCAGCUACCACCUCCCCAGAUGAGUGAGAACUAGAUGGGGGCUUCAGGUAUGUGGCAAAGACUGUGCUGUAGAAGAGGAGGACCAUAGAGAGGUGGGAACUGCAUGUGGCUAGGGCUUUCCUUUUCCCCUGUGUUGAUGGAACCCUAGCCACAGCAGAGAAAAUACAACCAUAAGAACUUACAAUGCAGAGAAGUGCACCUAUUCCUAAAACCCCAGCCAAAGCCAUCAUCAAGGACUCAUUGAGAUAGGUAUUGGAGCAGGAAAGCCGUAAAAGAGGGCCAAAAUCACAGAAAAAAUGAGGAAUCUCUUGGUUGUUAUGAAAAGAUAACUGGGAGAUCAACAAGGUAUGGACCAGAGACACACAAUGAGCUACUACCCAUGACCCACUAGCCAGAACCCCACAUCUGCAAGAAGUCAUUAGAAGUGGGUAGUGCAGUGGAUGGCAGACAGCAGCAUAACGGUCAAUAGCCAUGACUGCAAGAAGUAAGUUAUCCAUGUCCGCAAAAAAAGCAAAGAAGUACAACUGAGUCAGACAUCCAGAGAAUGAGAUUGAUCCAUCUCCAGUCCACAAAGUCUCCAGCAUUUUGGGGGUUGUGGUAGUAAUGAAGCAAAGAUCAAUGAGGGAGAGCUGAAUGAGGAAGAAAUACAUAGGGGUGUGGAGGUGAACAUCGGCACCAAUAGCUAACAUAAGUAGCAGGUUCCCUAGGAGGCUCAGCAAGUAGAGAGCUAGGAAGACACUAAAGAGAGGCUGCCAUCUCUCUCUAUCUCUGGACAGUCCUAAGAGGAUAAAGCCAGGAGCCUGACUGCAGUUCAUAGUGAGUCUUGUGUUUCAAGAAGAAACUGGUAUGAAGACAAUUCACUCACUGUAGGCAAGAAUGGACAUCAACCCAGACCUGGUCCCUUGGCAAUGGGUCUCUCUCACAGCACCAAUUGAGCGAUGGAAACUAUAAUAGCAAACAGAGGGACAUGACUUGGAGUUCAUUAAAAAUGGCUCCCUAGGGAGACAUAAGACAAUUUGUGGAUGGGCAGUGGCUUCCUGGAAUUCUCUAGGCGAAAGCUGUGCUUUUUAAACUGUGUAUUACAUGAUAGAAUAACUACUUUCCUAUGAAUCUUUUUUACUUUGAAGGCAGAGGCUGCAUCUUAGUACUUAACUUGGUACUUUGCACGCAGUGUCCAUCCACAGAGUCAUCACUCUGGUUGCAGCUUCAGCUGAUUAAGGAGAGUACUGCUGUUUUCCUGAGUGACUUGCUGUGACCACAGUUGCCUCAUCUAACAUGUUGUUCACAGUGCUGCCAAGACAGUUCCUUCAAAAAGUAAAAGCACAUAAUUUACUUGCUUACAAGCAGUUACCUGAGAAACUAUACUUUUUAUGAGGCUGUAUUAGUCUUUGUGUAACUUCUAAGGUCUCAGUGUUUUCAUUUGGCGAUGUCUUAUCAACUCUAUCAUACCUCACUGUCCACAUUCAAUGUGUCAUCAGCAAGUCACAACUCUCAUUACCAGUUUUAUGUCUUGGUCAGUUCCUGUUGCUAGCAAAAUGCUGCAAACUAAGUAACAAAAAAAGAUUUAUUUUGAAUCAUAGGUCAAGCAAAAGGUAGGAGAAACCAUUUUGGUGGAGUCUGAGACAGCAGAGAGCAACACAGAGCAAGAUGUGGGAAGUGUGUGUGUGUGUGUGUGUGUGUGUGU